AUGGCGCCAUUCAUACUCCUACUAUGCAUCGCAGCCACUGUGGCACCGGGCGCUCAUGGCGGCCGAGACAAGUUCCCCGUGCAGCUAACCAAGUCCAAGUUCGACAUGACCACAUGCCGCCGCGUGUACGGCAUGAAGCCGGCAAUGUCCGGGAUUAUCGGCACCACAAUGGAGAGAUCAUGGGCGUAUAAGACAUCCUACGCGUUCCUCGCAACAGGCCUCCCUUACGCGCCGAGCAGCCAGGCGGUCGUUUCGGGCUUCCCUUGCGACCCACUCACGCCGCCCACGACAGUGCUGGACUUGCCCGGCACGUGGCAGCAGAUGCCGUACAAGCGCGGUGUGGCGUGGCAGCUUACAGGGAACGUCGCGAGCAGCGCGGUCAUGACGGCGUUUCAGAACCAAAGGAACCAACCGAAACGGUCGAGGGUGACGAUAUAUGCGGUGGUGAAUGUUAACGGUACGGUGCUGUACGGUGAAAUGGAUUAG